AUGUCCGCACGACCUGUAUCAUCUAGUAAAAAAUCUAGUGGUAAAAGAAUUGAUUCAUCAUCAACCAAGAGAAGCAAAAAAAAUGUUCCACAAGAAGAUGUUGUUGAUCAUCAUCAAGAACAAAUUGAUGGAUUAAUACGUGAACGUGAACAAAUUCGCUCAAAACUAAAUAGCAUCUGUUCAAAAAUAAUACAAAAUAUUAAUACUGAUGAUUAUCAAAAUGAAAUCGAUUUAACAAAACAACAACCAUCGGAUAUAUCUCUUGAUAACUUGUUAUCCAUGAUUGACGAUAUAUGCUAUUAUCGAACAGCUUUUUUAAAUCUUUUUCAAGAAAUAGAAGAUAAAGAAAAAAUUUCCGUUCAAAAACGAAUUACACAAUUAUCUAUUGACGAACCAAAUCUAUUUCGAAAACGUCUUACAUCAGAUCAACGAUUAACAUUUGUUGCACGUGAACGUGAUUUAUGGAAAGAAAAUGCACAAUUAUUACAAAUCAUGUAUGCUACAAUAGUUGAUCAAUUAGAAAUGGGUACAUUUAGAAAAUUAAAUUUAAAAACUACUGAUAUUCUUCAAGCACAUCGAUUAAAUCUUGAAGAUGUUUGUCUUAUUUUUUCAUCACCUAAUAUUCGAUCAAUUAAUGAUGCACAAAAGGUACGUUUAAAAAAAACACUUGACAAAGAAUUUCAUGAAAUAAAAGAUCAACAAAUUUCUUCUGAUCUUGAACAACAAGAUACUAAUUCACAUAUAUUAUCAACAACAAUGUCAUCAAAUCUAACUGAAGACAAAGAACAUCAUAGUAAUUCAUCGUCAAAUAUAAAACGAACUGUUUUAUUUGCUAAUGAAGUUAAUAUAAUUAAUGAUGAUAAAGAAAUUGAUAAUCAACAAAUAAAUAAUAAUGAUCAAUUAAAACAAAAAUUAUUGUCACCAAAAUCUCAUCUUCCAUUAGCAAGUGAAACAUUAGUAGAUAAAAUGGAUUCAAAUUUACGUAUGUUAAUUAUUAAAGAACUUAGUAAAGAUAAUUAUGUUCAAAGACCACCUUCAAGAAGGAGUUCACAUUAUAAUACAAACAUCGAUGAUUAUAAUUCUUAUCAACAAUCACACAGAUUACAAAAUCGAUCACCUGAAUGGGUUGAAUUAGCACGAUUAAUUGGAAUAGAUGAAUCCGAAAUUGAUCAUUGGUUAUCACAAAGUCUUCAAUAUCCAGCUGGUAGAGUUAUAUCUACUUGGUGUAAUAGUAUAUCACCAUCACCGACUGUCGCUCAAUUACAUUCAAUUCUUUCAACAAAUAAACUAAAUCGAUUAGAUCUUGCACAUCAUAUUGAAACAAUGUAUAACAUUUAA